AUGGCGAGCGAGUCCUCGUCGAUGAUUCCGCCUAUACACCUUCAGCCUCCCUCAGUCGACUUUAUUGACAACCGGCUUCCGGAACACCACGGCGUGUUCAGGAACACCAACGCUCACUACAAUCACAUGUUGCAGAGAUAUGUAUCGGACAGAACCUCGUCAACCGAUCAAGCCUUGGUCGAAAGCAACUCCAACGCCAAUGGCCAGACUUCCAGCAACCAACUUGCCCCGAUAUGUCAGAUGGGAGACGUCGGAGACCCUGAAAAGUUCUGGGGCCUCGUCUUUUCCGACGCAAUGGCCGCGUUCGUGACCAAGUAUCCAAACGAGCCUGAUGGGAUCAGCAAGCUAGGCUAUAGCAUCCGCAACCAGACGACGUGGAAAGGCAUCAACAACCAGCUUCACAGAGCGCGAGAAGUCUACGAUGGCUCGCAGAAGCAGUUUCGCGGCUGGUGUAAGCGGACGAUGCGCAAGAUUGGGGAUAAUGCUGCUGAGCCGGCGACAAAUAUCAUCAACCUCAUUCCCAACAUUGAAUACGUUUCUCCGGUAUUGGGGGCAGUGCAGCUGCUUCUCAACGCGUAUAAAGUGGCAUCUGAGGUACGGGAAAAGGUCACCUCGAGCUUCGAUGAGACAGAGGUCCAGGAGCUCUUCAACAACGCCGAAGUCUACGUAAUCACGUUCCCAGACAGUAGCCGGAUUAAAGACUCGACCAUAUCCCUGGUAGUGGCUGUGAUGAAGGCGAUUGAGGAUGGCAUUGGCUUCUUCUUGUCCAAGCAAAAGGUUCAACAGUUCCAGAUGGAAACCAGGCAAGACUCAAAGCAGACCAAAGUCGUGCUCAACGACAUCCACCAAUUCUCCGCCGAAGCAUGCAACAACGUCCUCAUCAUGCUCAACGACGCCGAAGAGAACAAGAAGCGCCAGAUGCAGAUUCUCGCUAACCAGGAAAAUAUCCUCAACAGACUUGCCAUUAUGGAGGAGAUUUCCAGGACUUCGACACCUGUUCCUGCAGACCCGUCCAUUACAUGGCAAAGCCAGCACAUUGCGAGCUACAAUGCUCAGUUCCAGCUUAUUGCCGCACCGCCAGUACACUAUCACACAUAUCUUCAGCCGGUCCAACAGCCGUUCGUCAUGAAUAACGGCCAGAUAGCCUGGUUUGACGCACUCUCGGAUCCAAACUAUCCGAGGCCAGUAUCACCACAACGGAGAAUCGUCAACUCUUCCAGCAUUCUCGACAUUCUCAAGAUUCCACUUGAUCUCGACAGCGUAGAUCUCCAGGCCGUCAAGGACUACAGUUACCGUCUCCCGAGAAAAUACCACGCUCGAGCCGUGCAAGUGACCCAGACACGAGAAUUUCGUCAGUGGAUUGUCACGCCCACUUCAACACGGCUACUGAUCCACGGGGAGUUUUCACCACAUAGUCUUGAUUCGCAUAGGGUCUCCCCGCUGUCAUUCUUCUGCUUCUUGUUGGUGAACAUGCUCCGUGCGCGAGAGAGAUACAUUACUCUUGUCUUUUUCUGCGGCUUCCAUGUCGAAGAGGAAGACGCCAAUGUCGUCUUUAUCGUUCGAAGAACCACCGACUUGCCGACCAUAACUACGGCUCUUCGCUAUGACCCCAAAGUGAACAUAAUACGUGCAAAACUGCAGCAUCUUCAAACAGUUCUACCAGAGGAACGCCGAGGCAGCCUGGAGCUUCCUUGCCGGAUGCUGCAUGAGCGAGUCGAGUUCUUCUUGAAUAAUAUCGAAUGCGUAAUUGUGUUCAACGGCAUCAGGGAACGGAUGGAAACGCAGCAAACUGUUCUAUUCAAUCUUAUUGCUCAAUCGGACAAUCUCAUCAACGUCGGUCUCGCCAAAGACUCCAAGGAGAUGGCGGUUGCGAGCAAACAGGACAGCUCAGCCAUGAAGAUUAUCGCUCUGCUCACCACCUUUUUCUUACCGGGCACCUUUAUUGCAUCGUUCUUCGCCAUGCCACUGUUUGACUGGUCCGAGCCUACGCUCAGCCGAGUCGCAAAUCGUCACUUUUGGAUCUAUUGGGCCGUGACUGGUCCGCUUACGUUGACAAUCAUGGCGGGCGUCAUAGCCUGGGCAGUCUGGAACAAUCGACGUGUUGCGCUCUUGCAGUCUCGUGCCAGGGACAGUGUUGGUACCAAGUCUACUGGAGACAAGGGCCGAGACACAGAUGAGGAUCAAGAGUCCGGAGGCGAGGAAGACGAAGGGCAGGACGCAGAAUCGGAGGAAGACGACGGGCAGGAAACAGACACGGAACAAAGCCCGGAAAGGGAUGCAGAAAAGAUGGGAUUUCGCCAAAAGUACUCUCUGCGCAACAUUCUAAACCGCCGAAAACGCCAUGUUGCUGCCGUGGAAGCUGAGCCAUGA